GACUCAGGUGAGGAAAGACUCAGGAGAGCAGGAUCUGAUGCGCCUCCUUUGGCUCCCCUUAUAUGCUGCUCCUCCUUCCUUGUUUUGCCCCAGUUUCCAUGGAAGGAUCUCACAAGACCUUUUGCCUACUUCCUUGUCAAGGAUCUCUCCAGGAUAGCACUGCUGUGUCCAGACUGUGGUCUCUUAGGAAGCCUGGAGAUUCCGCCUAUGACUGGAAUAAUUAUGUGAUGCAUCUUAGUCCAGAAGGGGGAAAUGGUGGCUAGAGAAACCACAGCUUCAGGGUUCACUGUGACCCUGGGUCUCACCCACUGGCCAUGGUGGGUGGGAUUGGAGUGUUCAACUCACAAGGCUGAACUUCUGAGGUUGCUGAGCAGCAGAGCACUGAGCAGGAAGAUCCCUAACAACCCCUGGUCCUGAGAGGCGUGUCAGAGGUGGAAGCAUGUUUCAGGUUUCCUCCUCUUGGGUUCAAAAACUGAGCUUAUCCAAGAGACCCCAGCUGCGAGAUGAGGAGCAUCAGCGCUCAGGGACCGGUGGCCCCAUGAAGCCAGUUGAUCUAAGUUUUAGGACCUUCAUUGUCAGCCCAAGAGGGGCAGCACGGUGAUUAAUCCUGGGAGCACAUGUGCAUCUUCCGGGACUGACUUAGUUCCCAAGUGUCCCAGGCAGCCUUGUGUUCUGAGGUCAUCAAGCAAGAACUUUACCUGCUAGACUCAGCAUGGCACUUCAGCCUGGCGGGGCUGGACACAGAGCCCGAGAGCUAGAGCCCGGGAGAUUUCGGGUCAUGAGUCCACAGUGCAUGGCUGGGCUGAGAGCUCAGGAUGGCUUCAAGAAUCCUAAGAGAGCCUGGCAGGAGGCUGGAACCCCCAGGAUGGGUGUUUCCUUCCUCUGUUUUCCCAGUUCUUUGGUAGAUAAGCAACAAUCGAACCUCCUUCUGGCACCUGACUUAUAUUUUCAGUGCCUGACAUCACACGGUUAUUUUAUCAUGACUUUAAAUGUAAAUGGGUAAUUCUGAUGAAUGAAGGAAUUCCAGACAGCGAGAAAAUGAUGGAAUACUGGCAUAAAACAGUACAGGGCCUAUGCUGAUCCUAUUGAUUCUGGUUUUCCAUUCAUUCCUUAGGGAGGUUUUGCUCCCUUGGGGGUUAGAAAGGAACCUCUGCAGAGAGAAAACAGUGCUUUCCCUGACCUACAGAGACAGUGAGGGUUUUGCCUGGUGUGGGUUCUUCCUCAUAUGUAUUUCCAGCGGUUUAUUCUUGAAUAUCUGAGUCAUUUGUCUAUUUCCUAAGAACACACUUGGUCCUUACCAUUUGCUAGGCUCUCCUCUGAGCUCUGGAGACAGGAAACAUAGAAAUACUUGCUUUCCCUGGGUACUCGUACAUGUUAGAAGUGUGUCUAUUCUAAGUCCUGAGCUUAAGGCAAGAAUCAAGGUACGCAGCAAUAACAGAGGGUCACACUGUCAACCAGGAAGGACAUGAGAGACCUCGUGAGGCUCUGAGGUAACUGUAAGAAACAGUCACAAGGAAGGGGUUGCUGUUCAGGACUUGGUAUAUAAGGGACUCUGCAGGAUGCAGGGUCAGACUCUUCUAUUCUCCUGAGUCCUCUCUCCUCCCUCACCUGCUUGUUGUCUACUGACACCAUGGGUUGCUGUGGCUGUGGAGGUUGUGGUUGUGGCAGCUGUGGUGGCUGUGGCAGCUGUGGUGGCUGUGGCGGCUGUGGCGGCUGUGGCAGCUGUGGUAGCUGUGGUGGCUGUGGUGGCUGUGGUGGCUGUGGAAGCUGCUGUGGCGGCUGCUGUGGCGGCUGCUGUGGCUGUUGCUGCUGCAAACCCGUAGUCGUCUGCUGCCACCGCACCUGCUGUGGCUCCUGUGGCUGUGGCUCCUGUGGCUGUGGCUGUGGCUGUGGGAAGGGCUGCUGCCAGCAGAAGUGCUGCUGCAAGAAGCAGUGCUGCUGCUAGGCGCUGGUGCCCUGGUUGCAGUGCAGGGGAUGUCCCCAUGGGGGAUCUCAGUCUGCUGUCUGCAGAGUUGCGGUGUCAGUGGCUCAGGUGCAGGCGUCGUCUCUGCUCAUCCACUCUGUCCUUGCUGUGAGGAUGGCACCUGGGCUCAGCGAUGGCUUCUCCCCUGACCAGACACACCAUGUUUAUUGUUGCUUGUUCUAAGGUGGUGACCUCCUGAAUGGUAUGCAAGGACCAGGAUGAAGGUCAACAUGAUUAUGAGGUUUGUAAGUUCAGGUGAUGGUUUCCACUCUGUUUUCUGCUUUAAAUCAUUUUUUAAUCACUAUGUUACUUCAUAUGUGUGAACUGCAUAGAAAUGCUCCUGCGUAGCCUGAUUUUCUCUUUACAAUGUGUUAAAGUUUAUUAAUAAA